AUGUCAGAUCCUUAUGCUUGGCCUAAUGUAUGGCAAUUUAUGGAGCAAUAUGUCAACAUACAGCAACAAGAACUAGAAGAGAUAGCCAUGGUGCAGCAGGUUGUUGAAGAAUUGGAAGAGCCCGAGCCUCCAAGAGUAUGUACACGUACAUUCAUUAGGCGGGAUCGUGUAAAAGCACACAAUGAUCUUGUUAAGAAGUAUUUCGCACCAGAUUGUAUCUUCCCACCACGCAUGUUUCGUCGAAGGUUUCGAAUGAGGAGAGAGUUGUUUCAUAAGAUCAGAAAUGACUUAGAAGAGAGUCAACCUUAUUUCAGACUAAAAUAUGAUUGUGUGGGGAGGCCGGGUUUCUCAUCAAUACAGAAGAUGACAGCUGCAUUACGAGUUCUUGCUUAUGGCAGUCCUAUCGAUCGGGAGGAUGAUGCUCUUAUGAUUGCACAAACUACUGCGAUAGAUACAGUCCGUUUAUUUUGUGAGUCCAUCGUUAGCAUUUACUCUGAGCAAUACUUACGAGCACCUAACGAAGCGGACCUCGCUCGGAUAUUAGCUGAAAAUGAGGCUCGUGGUUUUCCCGGUAUGAUCGGUUCUCUAGAUUGCAUGCAUUGGGAGUGGCGUAAUUGUCCAACUGCUUGGCAUGGUCAGUUCGUCGGCCACACGGGCAGGCCGACAUUGAUUCUUGAGGCUGUUGCGUCUAUGGACCUGUGGAUUUGGCAUGCAUUCUUUGGUAUGGCGGGGACAUACAAUGACAUCUCUGUGCUCGACCACUCACCACUAUUUGAUAGGUUCAUUCAAUGUCAAACCCCACAAACUCCUUACGAGGUAAAUGGUAGGGUGUAUCACAUUCCAUACUAUCUGACUGAUUGUAUUUACCCUCACUAUGCCACAUUGAUCCAGUCAAUCAAGCAUCCUCGAACAGAAAAAGAGAAACAUUUUGCAAGGAAACAGGAGGCCGCACGAAAGGAUGUCGAGAGAGCUUUUGGGGUUUUGCAAGCCAAAUGGGCGAUAACGCAAGGUCCAGUGAGAUUUUGGGAUACAGAAACCAUAAAAAACAUUAUGCAAUGCUGCAUCAUAUUGCAUAAUAUGAUAAUAGAGGAUGAGCGACACCUUGGAAUAGAACCGUGGCAACCACUUGGUGGGGAAAGUAUUCCAGAUAAUUUGCUUCACCAUAAUGAAGAAUGGUUGGGAACUUACAUCCAUUCACGUAUGCAACAGGUUAGGGAUAAGUCAAUUAACGGUAUGCUAAGGCGUGACUUAAUGGACCAUUUGUGGACGAAUUUCGGGGGAGAGAGUAGCCAUUCGUAG